AUGCCAGAUACAAGCGGUGAACAGCAAGCCGUUGCUCAAGCUACAACGUUAAAUUUUACAUCUACUUUCCCGGUACCUUCCCCGAUGGUUUGCCAGGGAGAUAAAGUAGCCAACUGGGAGUUUUUGAAACAGCAGUGGGAAGAUUACGAAGUCGCCACUGGCCUAGAAAAGCGAGAUACGAAAACUCGACUAGCCACGCUACGAUCAGUAAUGGGCAAAGAAUGUAUGCAGAUAUUUAUGAAUUUAAAACUAACAGUUGAGGAGAGAAAAGAUAUCGAGAUAUGCAUCGGAGCACUUGAAGCACACUUCAAACCGAAACGAAACGUGGUAUACGAGCGAUAUAAGUUCAACUUAUGCUCUCAGAAUGCAGAAGAGUCCGUAGAUGACUAUGUUAAUCGCCUCAGAAAACUCGCCUCGUCGUGUCAGUUCGGGACACUGACAGAUGAAUUAAUUAGAGACUGA